AUGAGCAACUCAAUGAGCAGAUACUCCGUAGUUCCGUCGGAAAUAAGUGGAUGGGCGCGAGGGAGUGAGCAGAGCGACGUUCCUAUCAUCACGGGAAGUGCAAGGGACGAGAAUGACGCUGUUUAUGGCCUGAACAUCACUGUGUCCCAGUACCUGAAGAAUCUGAAUUCGACCUUUGGUGCAAAGUUUGCAAAGGAAUUUCUUGAUCUUUACCCCGCGACCACCAGCGCAGAAGCCUCCGCCGCCCAGAAUCUGCAGUAUACCGAGCGAUCCAAGACAGGAGCCUGGCGCUGGGCUAACCAGUGGCGUGAAUCGGCUAAGAGUCCCGUUUGGACCUAUCUUUGGGAUCACGCUCCUCCGGGCCAAAGUCAGGGUGCCUUCCACAUAUCCGAGAUUCCUUACGUGUUGGGAAUAAUUUGUAUGGUGUGGACACCUAUCCCUGGACCGAGGAGGAUUACCAUAUCGCCGCUACCAUCAAUGCAUACUGGGUGA